AUGUUUUGGCGAAUCUGUACAGUGAUUUUCCUGGGAAGUCUUGCUCUUCUUGCCAGACAGCUGUGCCAUCAACUCCUCGGUUGCUUGCGCCUUGGAAUUGGGCCUCCCUCCUACCUCGCCCUCUGCCCGGUUUGCUUGUGCUCUUCCCUUCGGCGCUCCCGGGCACAGGGCCAUGGAAGCGGUACCUCGGGCAAGACAGGUGGUGGCAAGCAUGUGCGCGUCGGCUUCCUGUUGUGGCUCAUCGCCUCAUCCCAUGUUCACGCCGCCGGAUCGGGUCCUUCAUUUCAGCCAUGGACUGAGCCAGACAUCGGCAGCUCUGGUCACUCUUGCCCUCCUGCCCCUGAGAGCCGCAUAGGGGUGACCCAAGACGCUAUGUCACUUGUGCAGGUACGUCAUAGUCGGAGAUUCCGUGGGGAGUCCCUUCUUACUGUCGGCACUGUACCGCGGGCACAUGGGCUGCAUGAGCUUGAGGGUCCCCUCAUCAAUGCCGCCGCUGGACUCCCUAACCCAGGCAACCCCGAGCCUCACUGCCUCAGGUCCAUUGCGGUCUUUGUGGCAGGACAUACGUCUGGAGGUCCGAUUCAGGUUGCGAUUGAUACGCGGCUGCACGGGGUUCAGCUGCACAGGGUCAUUCUGCAGCUUGUUGGCCUGUCAUUCCAGCUCUGGCACGUCCAUGAGCUCCAGACGCUACUGCCCGCCUUGCCCUUGGAGCAGGUUGUUGUCAUUCCGAAUGAUGUGGCAUGGAACCAGGCAUGCAUUCCAGUUGACCUCUGUGCCCUUGGAGGUACCAUUUCGGUUGUCCGGGGGCCACGUCAACAGUUGGCUAGUUACUUUCUUGUUGCUGCCGCUAGAAGCCAGGAUCUGGCCUUGGAUCUUGCCUAUACCGUAUGCCGCACCCGACACGGCUUCUUUGAGCCCGAGUGUCAGGCACUCCUCCUCCACGGCAAUGACGCCUUGCAAGCACUACCGGUGUAUGCAGAAGAGACGAGAGGCAGCCGCAGUCCUACUCACUCAGCGGAGCACCGGAUGGCGGUCAGCUCCUUUGAUGGAACUGACCAGGGUUUUGAAUUGAUUGUCAAUCCCCAUGCCAGAGCUGUGAUCAUUACGCUCACCGGUCUCAUUUUCUACGACACGGACCCGUUCCAUGAUCGGGAUGAGCUCCUUCGCGAAGCGUAUGAAGCGGUUGGAGAUAUUGGUCCUCUCCGCUUGCAAAGGGUGUGGCCGCAUAUGCCGGGACUACCGCCACUGCAAUUCGCUCAAGCCGAGCAGUCCGCUCUUCAGGUCACCUAUGUAGUCGAUGCCCGUGCAGUUGGGGGUGAAAUUAGCUUGGUGUACUUGGGACCCCGGACCCCUGUUGCCGACGUACUUAUGCAACUCCCUACCUUCAGGCAAGCAGGUCCUACUGGACCUGAGAUUCUGCGAGGACUUCACGAGGGUCAAUUGAGGCUCCUCCAUCAAGAAGUUGUAAUUUCUCCCGCAACCUCCCUUGAUAGCGACCCCCCUGUUUGCCUGACUCUUGUCCCUCACCGCAGACCUCACACAAUGGGCCAAGCUAGGGCUAGAACUGAGACCUCCACGCAGCCGACGGCGGAUGCCACUUUGCCGCAUCCUGGAGGUACCCCGGCAGCCCCAGCACCUCAAGCGGACCCUAGCGCUGCUGGAUGGAUUAGUCUCGGGUUACUUCGCCAAGGAUGGCUCUUAGCGGGGUACUUCGCGACCUUGGUCUCUGCUGGUCGUGCGGUUAGUGAGCCUACUGACUUGACCGGCACGGCUAGAACCAUGCAUCUUCCCCGGUUCCAGCCCGACCUGGUGUAUCACGACGCCUCGAUGCACCUCCGACUGCAACAGGGCUUUGUCACAGGCCUGGAGGGUGACUUUCUGCCGAUUGUCUCUGGGUAUGGCACCCUCCAUCAUGAUCUAGAGGUCAAUGUCUGCCUCUGGGCCCCGGACCACUUUGAGGAAUUCAGAGUACCAGGAUCUAUGUCUAGGCAUCGCCUUCGCGAGACACUCACCGAGAAAGCUAGGUCGUGGGGCCGAGGCCAAGUUGUCCCUGCAGCUACGUCGCCACAUGCUCUGGCUGUGCACUUCGUUGCUGUUACCACUGAAUCGGGAUAUCGCACAACGCUCUUCGCAUCGGAUACAUCCUGCAUUUGCAUUGAUGUGCCCCGUGAAGCUCCGCAGGACUUCCUCUUGAGACAGUGUGAAGCUAAGUUGAGAUCCGACUGUGUGCGUUUCCUGCCGAUGGCCACGCCGCUCCGGCACGGUGAUGUCAUUCGGGUUGAGCUUGACAAGGAAUUUGGGCGAGCUGAUGCCAGCCGCUUUCUCCUUUACUCUGAGCUCGCUCGGCCAUCUCGGUGGUUAGAUGUGCCUCCAUACCGUCAGAUUGCGGUUUUGACGGUUCAUCGCGGUGUGCAAAUUCUGCAUGACACCGUCACGGGCCGAAGCCCUCACAGAGCAGUUCAGGCAUGGCUUCGGGAGCGGAAUCAUGCGCCUAGGCAGGCUGUGGAGGUCCUGGAGCUCUCCAACCUGGUAGGUUUUCCAUGUUUCCAGACCAUUGUCGCUGGUGCCACUAAUGCCGUCCUGUGGUUGCACGACCAUUUUGGCAAUCCCAACACUGGACUUGCCCUGGCCGCUGUUGGUUCUUUCUCUGUUGCGGUCGAUGUGCUCGAAGCAUGUGCACGAACGUCCACUUCAGCCAGAGCAGUGUGCAGCUUGGUCUCCACCGCAGAUCUCAGGACCGUCCAAACCGUGCAUGGCCUGUGUGCCCAAGGCACGGGCACCAAAACCCUGUUUGUUCGCAUGGCAUUCGACCUGCAAGCUCUUCCUGGCGACAGCAUUUCUGUCCACCGUCAAAGGGCAACAGUUCUGCGCACUAGACCUCCCACCGGGAUAGCCGGAUCAGGUCGCAACCCGUCCUCCAGGCAAGGUGCUGCUACCACUAGGGCUGCCUCACCGGUCCGAAGCCCUUCUCCUCGGGCUGCAGUACCGGUCUGUCAUCCCUCACACCUUCAGGAUGCUGACGGAGACCUCCGAGUCAUCCGGUGCGAAGCAGCUGACGUGACGUGUGUUGUCCGCUGUGGUCCACACAUGCAGAUUUGGGCCUUGAAGAUCGAGGGUAGAUGGAACGGUGCAUGCACUCCCCAGGUCUCUUGGGACGCGGUUGUGUCCCUCGGCGGCCUCACUCCGUGGGAUGCUGCUGAUCUUGUUGUCACAACUGAGGACCAAUGGUGGCGGUACCCUCAAGAUUUAAGCACUGCCACGGGGCGAUGCCUCACUCUGCAUCAGACCUGUGAAAGCGGUCGGGAGGUUCUGGGGCAAGGGGCCGCCCCUUCGGCCCACCAAGCCGCCUCGGUCGUGAGUGUCGCUCUCUGGGCUCUUGGGAAGGCCCCACUUAAAUGGCUCUCCCUCGGGUGGAUCCUCGGUGUCACUGCGCGACCUGCUCAGCAGGCUUCUCCCACAUCUGAAGAAUCCUCAAAUCCCAAUGCCACCGACAGCGAGCCUUCCCCUCCCUUCUCCACUGUUGCAGUUGAAGAUCAGAGGGACGAAUGCUGGAAUCCUCCCCUCACGCCUGCUCUUGAGGCUAGUGCAAUGGCCGCUAUGUUCCCUCUAGACCCUCAGCAUAUCUACCCGUGGUUAUGCUCACUCGGGGCUGCAAGUCAUGACCUACGGCUCUGGACCGCCAUGCGAGGGCCUGCCUUGGUCAGGUGGACAGACACCGCAUCUGAGUUUGAUCAGGCUCUCAGGCUCGGCGGCUUUUGUCCUGGGGAACAUGAACUGUUUGUGGCUGCUGACACGGACCCGCACACGCUUGAGCUAGUGGCUGUGCCGCGAGGACAAGGUAGCUGGUGGAUUGUCCGUGACCUACUUAGUCGCGAGCUCCUUCGACCAGUCAUUUGGUUUCCCUGUGCUGGACAUCGGCUGGCGGUUACCACGAACUCUGCGGGUGAGGUCAAUGCUCUGGCCCAUCACAGCCGGCUGGCACGAUGCACGAUCCCACCUCAAGGAGCACGGGCAACUGUUGUCAAUCCGGUUGAUGGUUUUACCGCGGCGCUCGGUCAAGGGGGGCUCAUACUUGCACUUGGUUCUGCCUGGCGAACCGUACCCUUGAUGAGCACCAUCAGUCUGGCUUGCCUCCUCCUCGCGGGGUUGCCGGGGGUCUCCGGAUCACAAGUUGCCUCCACUGGACUCCGUCCGGGCCGCCAGCUCGGCCUGGUCGCCAUGUGGUUACUUGACGUAGAGGUCUGGACAGGGCACUCCAUGCAACAAGCAGUCCAGAUUCCACAGGUGCGCGUGUAUACGGCCAUCCGUAUCUGGAUCGUUGAUCAUCCAUCCCCCAUUCAAUUGUCAGGGCCUCCUUGGCCGACUGAGGAGGAGAUUCAUGGCAUUGUUCAGCUAGGAGGGUUCGGGGUCGAGCGGGGCACCCUCAUUCCCAUCCGUGGUGCGGCUGACCCAGCCAUCUAUGACGCCGCUUAUGUACCCCUGCAUUUUGGCCAUUCUGGAAUAGCUGCUUGCCUUGUGCAGCUCGACGGCCGCGCUGUGGUUUUUGCUUUCGAUGCGCAACACUUCGACUGGGCGGACGGAAUGGUGAUCUCGUCGUUCUGCACUGCCCACGGCACCGUCACACUGCUUAUCUGGCACCUCCUGAUCCAUGGGGAGUUGGAACAGGUGGUCACCGCAGGUGGGCACUCAGCCUCGCCGUUGGCUCUAGCUCCCUCCAGCCAGCUCUACCUGCUGGCCUGCCCGUCGUUGAUCACACAACGGCAUGCUGCUAUACAAACGGAACCGGGCACGGCCACGUUAGACGAUGUCUGGUGGGCUAUCCAGGAUAUGCAAUGCCAACUCGCUGCCCUGGCUGCCCAGGCGCAUGUGCCAGCGGCCGAAGGUCUGCCCUCUGCAGAGGUUCCCUUACUGCAAGGGCGAGGCCGAGAGGUCGACACCACCCCCACCUUCCGCGGGACCGAGAACUCCGAUCCCUUCGGCCUGCCCUUCUUGUGCCUGGUAUCUGUCUCCUUGCCGGAGUUGUUUUGCAGAAGCACUCGGUUGCACGUACGUGGGUCAUGCCCCUUGCCUUUCUCCUUCCAAUCUGGGGUGCGCCCACUCUGGCGGGGGAUCGAAGUCGGUCGAGGUCUCCUGUGCCUGCCGGGCGACACAUGCCCUUCCUUCAUUCGGGAGGCCAAGGGCCUUGUGGGUCUACCGGCCAGCACCGGCAUGCGCAUACGCUCGGCCACUUUCCUGGCAGACCACUUGCGGUAA